UCUCAACACCAAUUAUAAUGUUUAUUUCUUCAUUAAUGCUUGCUAAAAUUCCCAGUCAGUCGGGGUGUUAUUUGUUUUUGGAUAAAAAAGGAACUAUAAUUUAUGUUGGCAAAGCCCAAAAUCUCAAAAAGAGAAUUAGUAGUUAUUUUCAAAACUCGCGAGAUAAUUAUUUUUUUCAACAAAUCCACCAUUUUAAUACUAUUAUUACUAAUAAUGUUAAAGAAGCCUUAAUUUUGGAACAAAAUCUAAUUAAAAAAUAUCAGCCGCGUUUUAAUGUUCUGCUAAAAGAUAGCAAUUAUUACCCUUACUUGGUGAUUACCAGCGAAAAAAAUCCACGCUAUAAAGUGCUGCGGAAAAUCAAUCGCGAAAAAGCGGGAGAAUAUUUUGGUCCUUUUCCCGAUGGCAGCAAAGCCCGGGAAAUCCUACAAUUACUUGAAAGGCUGUUCCCGCUUGCCAAAUGUAAAGGUAAUUUAGUAAAACCUUGUUUUUAUUAUACUAUUUCUCAAUGUUCCGGUCAUUGUUGGAAAGAAGUAGAUAACGACUAUUAUGAAAACGUCAAAAGAGAAGUAAGAAAAUUUUUUCGCGGACAAACCCAAGAAAUAAAAAAUAAAAUCAAAAACUCGCUCCGAAAAAAUAUUACUAGUUUAGCCUUCGAAAUCGCCCAUAAGGAAAAAAAAAUACUGGAUAAUAUUGAUUUUUUUACUAGCAAACAAAAUGUCGACCUUGCCAAAGGUGAAGAUUGUGACUUUUUAGGAAUCCAUAGUCAAGAAAAUAUGGAGGCCUUAGAAACUUAUCUUUAUCAAUUUUAUCAAAACAAUUUACCACCCCGAACAUUUUAUCUUCCCCAAAGACAGACCGAAAUUGAAUUACUGGCCGAAGAGUUUAAAUUUUCGAUUCAGAUUCCCCGCCGAGGUCGGAAAAAAGAAAUAAUUAAUUUAGCCCAAGAAAACGCUCGCCAAGCUAACAAAGGGCAAGUUUUAGAAGAAAUAAGCAAAUUUUUGUCUAUUCCUUUGCCUAACUAUAUUGAAUGUUUAGAUAUUUCCAACCUUUAUAAACAAGACAUAGUGGCCGGAUUUUUGGAGUUAAAAUUAGCCGCCGCAGUAAUCGGCCUUGUCAAGGACGAAAAGCAUCAAACCACUAAAAUAAUCACUAAUAAUUUAAAAGAACUAGAUUUCGAAAACCAAGAAAAAAUUAAAAAUUUUUUGGCUAAUUGUCAGGAAGAAGUUCACCGCUAUGCCAUUAAUUUCCAUCAGCAGGAAUUAGAAAAAUAUUUGUUAGAAAAAAGGUUAGAUUUACAAAAAUAUUUUGUCUUUAAUUUAGGGGAGUUAAAACCCGGAGAUUGUGUGCUUAGAGACAGUGAAAAUAGAGAAAAAAAGGGAUUUAGAGAACUAAGUCAGCAACUAAGUCAGCAUUUAACUAAAUUGAGCAAUAAAACCAAGAAUUUUAUUCAUCUUUAUAAUGUAAAAACUCUGCCGAACGCUUCUCAUUUGGCUUUACCCGCUUCACAGCAAAUUUUAAUUAUGAAAUUAAUCGUUGGUUUGGGAAAUCCUGGCAAAGAGUAUGAAAAUACACGGCAUAAUUUAGGAUUUAUAAUUAUCAAUCAGUUAGCCGAAAAAUUAAAGGUUGAACUGAACCAAAAAAAGUUUAAUGGUUUAUAUUACCGAACUUCUGGAUAUAUUCUCCUCCAACCUCAAACUUAUAUGAAUAAUUCGGGUGAAUGUGUGGCGGCUUUCCGGAACUAUUUUAACAUUCCUUUGGAAAAUUUGCUGGUGAUUUACGACGAAAUUGCCCUACCUUCGGGGAAUUUUCGUUAUCGCCCGCAGGGUUCGGAUGGCGGACACAACGGACUAAAAAAUAUUAUUCAGAAAUUAGGGAGCAGAGAUUUUGGGCGUUUACGGGUCGGGAUUGGGUAUGACCCCUUGGUCAAUUUUGUGACGGCUCUCUUUAAUGAAGAAUUUAUUAUGGAAGCGGUGAAGUGCGAAAAAGAAAAAGUUCCAGUAGAACAAAGAAUUAACCGGUUGUUGCCAUUAAUUACUAAACAAAUGAGAAUUAUGGCGGCUCGAAAACCGGUUCCUGCUUUGACUUAUAAAGCGGAGACAAGUUUGCUUGAUAAAUAUAAGGAAAUAAAAUUAUUAGGUUUAAUCAAAAAUUUAUCCCCCGAAGAAAUUAGAGUUGCAAAAAGAAUCUGCAAAAGUGAAUUUUGGAACCAAGUUAACAAAAACAAUGAGGUGACUCGACAGUUAGAUUAUUGUCCUUCUUUGAAAGAUUUAAUUACCGCUGGAAUAGAUUUGGCAGAUGCCUUGCUUGAUGAAAAUGCAGCGGCAGAAAUAAUUAAGUUAAUCAGAGUUAAAAAUCACGUUCAAAUUAUCGAAAUUUUACGAGGUCGGGAAAGUCGCCUCUUAAAACUGACUCAGGACGCUGUUCAAAAUUUAAAUCAGUUGUCUGGUGGGGAUAAUGAUUCGAUUUCGACCGCUACCGAAGAACAAAUAAAUCAAAGAUUAGCAACUGCCAAAAGAGAAAGAGAAAAUGACAAUGGUUCAGCCGAGAAAGGAAAUUCCUUAGGCUUCGUUUCACCGACUAGUUUAAUUUCUGGGGCAAAUCCUCAACUUAAUCUAGGAGAAGAAUUUUUAAAAGAUUAUUUUGAAAAUUUAGACAAAAGAUUUUCUUCCAAGCCUAGUUUAACCCAACCUGAAUGGUAUGAAAGACCUUGA